AUGACCUUAACAGGAUCCCUAACAGCUGAUCAGUGGUUAUUACUUUUGACCGUGUAUGGACCCAUCAUUAUACCUCAAUUAUGUAGUGCGUGCACACCUUCAGAUGCCAGUGAUCAGAUACUCCAUCAAUGUGUUGCUGCUGUCAAGAAGCUUGAAGCAGAGAGGACAGUUGAAGCUACACAUAAUGCUGACAAUAGAAAGGCUCUAGCUGAUGCGAAGAAACAUGGGAAGGAUGCUUAUGAGGCAGAGAAGGCACACAUUGCCAGUCUGAAAUUGCAGGAAGCAGAGGUCAAGAAUCAAGAGAAACUUCGCAUUACUACUACUAAGCAGGCAGAGAAAGCUAGGAUCGCUGCAGAGAAAAGGCACAAGCAGCUGUGCACUAGGCAUGCCUAUCAUUUGCUGCAUUUUGAAGUCAUAAAGUUGAUUAUAUUCAAGACAACCAUCAAGUGCAAAGCUAUGACACAGACAGUUGAUGAUCUCACCAAAGGAGAAAUUUGUCCCACUCCACCACCACCACCACCACCUCCUACUGCUUCAGCAAAUGAAGGUUUUGAUAAUGCUGAUGACAGUACUAAUGCAAAGUUCUGCCUACAUCCAGAUGACCCUGAAAAUUUCUUGAAGCUUAGCACUGCACUUCAUAUCAUUGUCUGA